GUGAAAAUGUCGUUUCAGGCUAAAGUCGUGGGUUUUAUGUCUUCUCACCGUUCUCAACAUGCACUGCGCAUGCGUACGGUUGAAAAAGAAAAAAGAAAUAAAUGCCUUCGUGAAGCAGCCACUGACGCACACACCAGACCAGCCGCUUUGAUUUAUGAUAGGCAAGUCAUGCCAAAACUUUAGAUUUAGCUUCCUUUUAAACAGGCAUCAUAAGUAUCCGCCGAGCAGACUGUGUCGAGGUGCGGUGUCUCUUGGAGUUACCCCGAGACCGUCCACUCCUGAACAUCUUUUCGAGCUCUAAGGAGUUUUUAACCUUCGGUACUUGAAGAUUUCGAUCUGAAGGAUGUUUGAGUGAUGGACUUCCAUUUCUUCGCAACCCCGCAAAAAAAAAACCCGCGCUUUCCACGAAAAAAAUAAUUGAAAAAAAUUGAAAAUAUUGUGUGGCCUGGAAAUGAAGUGACACUGCAGUGACGUCAUAGGAUGGCGUGUCACGUCCGUUGACUUGGCUUGAUUACGCAAGUGGAUGAUGGGUGGUGUGGACCAUUCAUAUGAAGGCGACAGGACAGUGAGAUUCUUAACGGGUUCUUAGCAGCAGAGUGGAAGAGAGAUGAUUUGUAGCAGCGCUCCUGCGUCGUGAUGCGUGAAAAGCCUUCAGGGUCUGACAAAACCUCGGGGGGAAAUAAGUGUGUCCUCGGCUCUCUUUAAAUCAUUAGACAACCUACGCACGGGUCGUUAGCAUUCAUUUCGCUCCACAGCGCACAACAGCAACCGUCGGAGGUCAGGCAAGACUUGCUAGCACAGCAAACGCUCGCCACUUCAUUGUCAAGCUGUGAAUGAACGGAUUGUUUCAACUCUGAUGGGGAUGGGGACUGUAAAUCCAAGGAUAACUUCAACACUUGUGCUCAAGCUCCAUUGAAGCGGACUAAAAGAGGAUUAUGCCUCGUUACAUCUUGUGAGGAUUUCGAAUCAGAAGUGUAGGACCUCACCGCCGGUCCUCCAUUGGUGACUUUGUUCAAGAUUUCAUGUCAAGCCCCGAGUACCGGAGAAUGAAAUCCGAGGCCUUCGCCAAAAAAUCCACUCUAACGGCUCUGGUGACUCUGGUGGUGAGUGUCCUCCUGCCGGACUGUGUGCUGUGUCUGAUGAGUGGACACUACUCACUCUAUGACGAUCUUUGUGAUUCCCGUCCCAGCAUCAUUCCUGUACCCUGGGACUGUACAGGAUACAUACGAUGCGAUACCUCAAUCGGAGGCAGAGUAAGAGCUUUGUGGACGCUCUGUGACCCAGGACAUGAGUUCAACCCACAGGUCUCCAAAUGUGUUGCGGGUUUCACGGGAUGCCUAAAUCCUUAUGAAGCAGCUGUAACAUUCUGUCCGGAAUUUGCAGCCCUUACUUUCCUUCAUCCGGGCUCUUGCUCCAUGUUCUACAACUGCAGCCAAAUCAGCUCUCGGGGUCCCCUCCGGCAGUACGAGAGUGAAUGUCCUUACCCUCAGCUCUUCGACGCAGACAUCUGGAAAUGCGUGCCAAGGUCCACCGACAACGGUCUGGCAGACUUCUGCGGCCAACGCUCGGUUCCCUGCAACCCAUGUGACUAUACAGUAGGCUGCGGAGCCUCCGACAGGUGUGUGGGUCUGGCCAACGGGCCCCAGCCUGACGCCAAAAACGUCUUUGCGCCAGAUUACAUCAUCUGUCAAAAUAGCACCGUUGCUAAGGCAACCAGCUGCCAGCUCAGCGGCCAGAUAUUUGACCCCAACUCACUGCAGUGUGUGUUCGGAGUGAGGGACGAGUCCGUGACAGAGUACUGCGCCAAGAAGCCCUACGCUGUGUUCGCGGACCCUUACCACUGCGCCAGGUACUACAACUGCUCCCAGGUCACGUGGCAUACCGGGUUAAGGGCCAAGCAGAACGAGUGCAAAUAUCCGCUGCUUUUUGACGUCAUCACGGCAAAGUGCGUCAGCUUCCAUGACGUCAAAUGCGGCACGAGAGAAGAGCCCAUUCAGCCAUGUGAUUACAUCCUUGGUCACUGUCUGGACCGACCCGAAUGCAUUCCUUGUCAAGCCAGCUGUCUGGGGCUGCCCAACGGGUACAACUCCUACCCGGGGUUUGUCUUAACCGCUUAUCAUAUCGUGUGCGAGAAUGGACGGACGGUGGACAUCCUGAACUGCACCAAGGGCUUGGUGUUCGACCCUCAGCUUCGCACCUGCGGCUCCCAGAUCAGCCCUCAGACGCUGGACCUGUACUGCGCUCAGAACCCGGAUGGAAAGUUGCCCCACCCCAGUGAAUGCAGUCUCCUGUACGACUGCACGCACCUGAUGGUCAAACCUAAUUUUCCAAAGUACGUCAGCGAGUGCAAGUACCCGUAUCUGGUUGAUGCCGACACAGCGCAGUGUAGACCUCAUGACCAGGUGGAGUGCAGAGAUAGACGGGAGCCCAUUUCGCCUUGUGAUUACCUGGGUAAUCAGUGUACGUCUCCCCAGUGCACAAGGUGUGACCUGAUCAUGCCCAGUUGCUACGGAAAGCUGAACGGUUUCUACUCCGUUAUCAACCAGGAAAUGACGUCAUCGUACAUGGAGUGCAGAGACCAGCGUGUGGUGUCUUUAUCUUCCUGUCCAGGCGGCCUCAUCUUUGACAUGGUGGAUCGCAAAUGUGUCGACACUGUUUCACAAGUUUCCAUGUUGCAGUUCUGCACCAACUUUCUGCAAGGCCGUGUACAGAGUCCUGGCAACUGUGCUCAGUACUACGACUGCACCCAGAACCUGACGACGGUGAAGGAGUGCAAUUACCCAGAUUUGUACCACGUGGAGACCAGACAGUGCAAGCACUACACUGAAGUAGACUGUGGAGGGCGACGAGUUUUUCUGGAUCCCUGCGAUAGCUACACCUUCUGCCCUCAUGGACCAUGCCCAUACUGCCCUUCGGCGUUCCCGACAUGCAUGGGCAGAAAUGGCGCCAUUGGGGGCUUUAACUUUGACCCACGCCUCUACUACCGAUGUAUUGACAACCGCAUGAUCCUGGGUCAGUGCCAGACCGUCUACAACCGCGACCUCAAGCGAUGCAACGAGUCCAGCGUGGCUAGCACAACAGCUGUAGCUCUACAAAGCUCCACUCCAAAGACCACAACAGUUCGAAUUCUCACUACAACAAAAGCAAUAACGACUACAACGACAUCGACUACUCCACGAACAACAAUAACAGCAGCACCACCAACAACAACAACAACGAGAACAACAACAACAACAAAAGCAACAACACAGAAAACCACUGCCAAGACAACAACCACAACAGUUGCUCCCAAGCUGACAACGUCGAUAACACAUCAUCCGUACCCGAGUCACUCAGAUAUCAACAGCACGUGUGCGAAGGACCCAGGGUUCGUGGCGCCUAAGGGAGACAACUGCGCGCAAUAUUACAACUGUUCAGCGCAGGUUAGCCCCCUUGGACCCGUACGUGUCCGAGUGCAGGAUUGGCUUCCUCUUCGAUGCUGGGAGGGGGCUGUGCUUCCCCCGUCACUCUGUCAGCUGCCAGCACCGCUACGAGCCGCUACAAGCCUAUACAACCGUUCACUUUUGCUCGUUAUACACCAACAUUCUGACUCCACACCCCCGGCACUGCGCGCGUUAUCUAUUAUGCAGAGGAAGGGGGACACCUCCGAUGGAGGAGAAUGUUCAUACCCCAACCUUUUCUCCAACGGCCUGUGUCUGAACUUCAAAGAUGUGAGUACGCGUCUAUGCGAGAGUGUAGAGACACCACGUUCAUGUCCGACUUGCGAGGAGCGGUUCCCGAGCUGCCAAGGGUUACCCGACGGUUUCCGGCCCUACCCAGGCAAACUCUUGUCGCCCUUGUUCGUCAAGUGUCAAGCGGAACGGACGAUGGCUGUCAUACGAUGCGUGGAGGGGUUGUUUGACCCCAUUUCUUUGAAAUGCGGGGCAACUCUUGAGCAGGUUCUGGUCUCGAUAGCACGAGAUCCUGCGAAAUUCUGCGGCCAGUACCCGGGUGCCGUGGUGGCCGACCCUCUGCAUUGCGCGCGCUACUACAACUGCUCACGCACAGGCCCCGCCCACUUUGGACGCCCCUACCUCUCUGAGUGCCGCUACCCCGCCCUCUUUAACCGCCAGACCAUGAAGUGCGACUCCUUCAUCACAGUGCAGAGGACGGCCGGGUGCGGAUCUUCAAAACAGCCCAUCCACCAGUGUGAGUAUUCCGCCUACUGCCCCAACACCCAGUACCGCACCUGCAGCGACUGCUACCUCAGCCUCCCCACCUGCCGCCAUUUGACGGAUGGCAUUCAUACCCUCCCGCCAGGCCGCCUGGUCUCCCGCGGCUUCGUCUACUGCCUGGACCAGCGGGCUCUAGUCUUCUCCGAGUGUCCCCCCGGCUUCCUCUUCGUCAGCAACUCAAAGACUUGCGUGCUGAAGGGCACCCUCCCGCUGCUGGAACCGCCGGAAGUCAAAUGACUAGAGGGACAAAACUCCAGCUGGGGAGCCCGCGGAAACAAUUUGUUGAAAAGUUCUUCCAACCCGGUGAUAAACUUUCUUUAACGAAGAAAAUCUUUCGUGGGAUGAUCGAUCCCUGAAAGAGUAAAAAUGACACAAAAGAGAAAAAAAAAAGACACACGAGAUUGUUCCAUUCGCCACUGAAGAAUGUAGUCUUUCUGCAUGACACAACGGUUUUCACCAGCUGAAAGUAAGCGAAUCUGAACAAAACUCGAACCUCAGCUCUUCAGGAACAAAGUGUUUACAGCGAACAUUACUCUCUACUCAUUCGUGCCAUAAGAUAAAUCUUCAACAUGGUGUCCAUUGAAGGAAAAGAUGAAGAAAUUGAAAGAAUGAAGAGUCUUUGGUCUGCUCGGACUUUGCCGAUGUGCAAGACAACAGAAGUUGUCAAACAUUGGUGUGGCCUCUUUGUGGUCAACGGAGCUCGGAUGCUCUUAUACAAUAUACUGAAAGUGAACCUCCUUGUUACUUCCUGGUGAUUGGGCCUGGUGGCUCAUAACACUUGUGAUGGUAACCUUUAAAAAAAUAAACAAAGCUGGAAUAAAAUUGUGGAAUCGGGACGCUUGAAGAGUUGAGCUGGUACACCUGCUGUGCAUUCUUUUGUACAAGAAGGACUUUUAUGGCUUUUGUCUUUGAAAGCUGGGAUAGGUGUGGAGGAAUUCAGACUAAAGAUUUUCUUCCUUUCCAGUCCUCUUAUUUUCCAGAAGCCUAUUGACGGCAAAGGUCAAGUGAAGACUAAGUUGUAACGCAGGUCUUGUCCUGAAGACUUAUUGUCCAAUGCUUUACAUUUUCUGAAAGACUUCGCCAAUAAGUUUGACGAACAUAGACACAUAUUUGAAAGUUUCAAGGACUAUUACCCCGUCUACCGAUUCUUUGGAGAUGUAUGAGGAGUACAAAGGAACACUGCCCAAGCCAGUCUGCUUCCAGUACAGCAAGCCAGUGGCUUUCCGGUCAAGUAAUGCUUCAAACCACAGUGUCUUUCUGUGUUCCACUAGCAUCAACAUUAAGGGGGUGGGCAGCAACUCUGCUUUAUCCUGGCCCCAGUCAUAAGAAUUCGACAAAAAAAUCAGAAAUUUCCGUUCCUUUCAAUGUUCACUAGUAAUUUAUUUUCAAUCAGUUAGAAACGAAGGGAGACGAGGAUGUAGUACAGCCUGUGAGGAAGUAAGAGUUUUAUUUAUUUGAUGAUCAACUGAAGUAACUUGAGUUCUUUUAUUUAAAUCUGUUAUGGAUGUAGUCUUGGUGUCAAAUUGAAGUCUUCCCGAGCUUUUCCAUCCAAAUAUUAAAAAGAAAGAGGAAAAAAACAUCUGGGUGUCAUUUGCUGUAUGCAGCUUGUUGAAUAUAGCCAUUACAUAUUUGUUAAAGAAAUAUGUUGUACACAAAAGAAAUGGAGGUAAGUGGUCUCUUAGAAACUAAUCUAGUAUGGGAGUAGUUUUUAUGCUUGUAUGCGUGCGUGUCUGUGUGACGUGUGUACAUGUUCUCACGUUUUUCUUCUGAAAAAAACAAGUUCUCAUUAGUUUUCCCUGAAAGUACUUGCUCUCAUGUUUGCUCUUCCUAAAAGAACACAUCAUCUUGACAUUAUUCUUUAAAAGGAACAUGUUUUUCACAAUAAUAUUCGUCCCCACCUUUUUUUAGAAGCUAACACAAACUGCUAUAUGUGUAUACAAAAAUCAUUCAUCAGAGUAAAGUGCUCGUGAGUAAUAUCCAAGUUAGUUGGGGUUUUUCUAAGGAACAGAGCUGUUACUGUACUAGCGAGUUUCUAGUCAUAAAUAAUAAUAAUAAUGUUCGCUUAAAAUUACUAUUUCUCGAAAUGUCUGUGACCAUACACCUACAAACAUAAUCACUUACAGAAAAAGGUCAGAAUGAGACAUGGAUAUGUUUAAAUUAUAAAGACCUCAACAAAUGGGAGACCUGGGAGCAUAAAAUAAUUAGAAGUUUUAUCUCUUUGCAUUGAAACGUAGCUUAAUAAUAAUAAAAAAAACCAAGAUGUGAAAAGCACACACACAUACAAAAACAAAAAAAAAUUAACCACACGAAUUAAGACGUUGGUACGAUACAGUUAACAUGCAUCGAUAACCAGUAAACAACUACCUACUGAAUUUACAUUAUUUUUGCUACAUAAUAAAUACUAUACCACAGCAAAGUAAAUUAGAUCAGGGAGGUGUAUGGUAAUGGCUCAGUA